CAUCCGGAUUCUUUCGUCUGAGGCUCCCACUUCAGGCUGCCUGGUGGUUCUCAGGAUUAAAAGUUGGUUGGAGGAGUUGGGAGAAAUUGCCCGGAGAGGAGGAGAAAGAGAGAGCUGCUCCCUGCUUUGAAGUGCAUUGUGGCAACAGCGGAGUCCUGGAAGUGGCCCAGUUUACGCCUCCUUGUCCUCUGUCUCUUCCAAAGGCAGCACAAUGGCCACUGAGACACCCUCUGAACAGUCUCUUCUUAAGGGUGGAGUGGAAAGAGGAGCCAGGCAGCUUCCUCAGGCCCUCUUGACCUUUGAGGAGGUGGCUGUGUUUUUCACGGAGGAGGAGUGGGCUCUGCUGGAUCCCGGCCAAAGAGCUCUGCACAAGGAAGUCAUGGAGGAGAAUCGUGAGAUGGUGGCCUCUCUAGAAUCAGACCUCAAUUCCUGUUGGGAAGAAAGGCAAGAUCCAUUUCUCCAGGAACCCAAAGAAGGGGAGACGUCAGCAGGUAAUGGGCAGAAGAGUGAGGAUUAUGGUGAGCUAUCCGUGGUGUCAUUAGAAAAUUUGGAGAGUGAAAUAGCGAAAGAGAUGUUUGUAAAUCAACCAUCACCCCCAAAGCAUGUAGGAAACAUGUUGGAAAAUGGGGAAAGGACACCUUCCACUACUCAGGACAUUGGUGUUCAUGUACCCCUGAAUUCACAGGAGGAAUGCACGGGAAGCAGCAACGUGGAGUGCGAACAGAGGUUCAGUCGUAGUGGAAGGCUUAGUUUACCUCAGAGAACCCAAACAGGGGAGAAAGCGUUUCAAUGCAUGGAGUGUGGAAAGAGCUUAAGUAGUGCUGGUAACCUUGUCAAGCAUAAAAAAAUCCAUGCGGGGGAGAGACCCUUUAAAUGCAUUGAGUGUGGAAAGAGCUUCAGCCAGAGCGGAAACCUUAUGGCACAUCAAAGAAUCCACACUGGGGAGAAACCAUUUGAAUGUAUGUUGUGUGGAAAGAGUUUCAGUCUCAUUCACCACCUUACUUUACAUCAAAGAACCCACACUGGGGAGAAACCUUACAUGUGUAUGGAGUGUGGAAAGAGCUAUUGCCAGAGUGCAGGCCUUGCUGCACAUCGAAGAACCCACGCAGGGGAAAAACCCUUUAAAUGCAUGGAGUGCGGCAAGAGUUUUGUCAGAAAGCAUGACCUUUCUGUGCAUCAGAGAAUCCACACCGGAGUGAAACCUUACAAAUGUAUGGAGUGUGGAAAGAGCUUUAGCCAGAGAGGACACCUUGAUGGACAUCAAAGAAUCCACACAGGGGAGAGACCCUUUAAAUGUUUGGAGUGUGGAAAGGGCUUUUACAGGAACUGUGACCUUACUGGACAUCAGAGAACCCACACAGGAAUGAAACCUUACAAAUGUACAGAGUGUGGAAAGAGCUUUAAUGAGCACAGUUGUGUUAGGUCAUGCAAGAAUCGUCACACAGGAGAGAAACCAUUUAAAUGUAUUGAGUGUGGGAAGAGCUUCAGUCACAGUGGAAGGCUUAGAAUUCAUCAACGGACUCACACAGGGGAGAAACCAUUUAAAUGCAUUGAGUGUGGAAAGAGCUUCAGUCAGAAUGGACACCUUAGAAUUCAUUAACGGACUCACACGGGGGAGAAACCAUUUAAAUGCAUGGAGUGUGGAAAGAGCUUCAUUCACAGUGGAACACUUAGAAAACAUCAACAAACUCACACCGGAGAGAAACCAUUUAAAUGUACUCAGUGUGGAAAGAGCUUCACUGAGAGUGGAACACUUAGAAUUCAUCAACAGACUCACACGGGGGAGAAACCAUUUAAAUGCAUGGAGUGUGGAAAGAGCUUCAUUCACAGUGGAAAACUUAGAAUUCAUCAACGGACUCACACGGGGGAGAAACCAUUUAAAUGCAUGGAGUGUGGAAAGAGCUUCAGUCAGAAUGGACACCUUAGAAUUCAUCAACAGACUCACAUGGGGGAGAAACCAUUUAAAUGCAUGGAGUGUGGAAAGAGCUUCAGUCAGAAUGGACACCUUAGAAUUCAUCAACGGACUCACAUGGGGGAGAAACCUUUUAAAUGCAUGGAGUGUGGAAAUAGCUUCACUAAGAGUGGAACACUUAGAAUUCAUCAACGGACUCACACGGGGGAGAAACCAUUUAAAUGCAUGGAGUGUGGAAAGAGCUUCAGUCAGAAUGGACACCUUAGAAUUCAUCAACGGACUCACACGGGGGAGAAACCUUUUAAAUGCAUGGAGUGUGGAAAUAGCUUCACUAAGAGUGGAACACUUAGAAUUCAUCAACGGACUCACACGGGGGAGAAACCAUUUAAAUGCAUGGAGUGUGGAAAGAGCUUCACUAACAGUGGAACACUUAGAAUUCAUCAACGGACUCACACGGGGGAGAAACCAUUUAAAUGCAUGGAGUGUGGAAAAAGCUUCCCUAAGAGUGGAACACUUAGAAUUCAUCAACGGACUCACACGGGGGAGAAACCAUUUAAAUGCAUGGAGUGUGGAAAGAGCUUCCCUAAGAGUGGAACACUUAGAAUUCAUCAACGGACUCACACGGGGGAGAAACCAUUUAAAUGCAUGGAGUGUGGAAAGAGCUUCCCUAAGAGUGGAACACUUAGAAUUCAUCAAUGGACUCACACGGGGGAGAAAACAUUUAAAUGCAUGGAGUGUCGAAAGAGCUUCAUUCAAAGUGGAACAUUAAGAAAACAUCAACGGACUCACACAAGG